UCCUAGGUAAUCACAAGGCUUUGCGAAUCGUCUCGACGACAGCGGCGGAGAUCGGCGGGGAUGCGGGGUUUGCGAUGGGAAACAUUUUCGGCAGGAAGAGACGCCCCACUCGAGUGACGGAGCAGGACAGAGCUGUUCUGCAACUGAAACAGCAGAGGGAUAAGCUGAAACAGUACCAGAAGAAGAUCACCGUUCAGCUGGAGAAGGAGCGGCUUCUGGCCAAACAGCUGCUCAAGGAUGGGAAGAAAGAGAAGGCCCUGCUUCUCCUUAAGAAGAAGCGUUACCAGGACCAGCUGCUGGACAAGACGGAGAACCAGAUCAGCAACCUGGAGCGCAUGGUUCAGGACAUUGAGUUUGCCCAGAUCGAGAUGAAAGUCAUCGAAGGGCUGAAGGUUGGAAACGACUGUCUGAAGAAGAUGCAUGAGGUCAUGUCUAUUGAGGAAGUGGAGAGAAUCAUGGACGAGACUCAGGAAGCCAUUGAGUACCAGAGGCAAAUCGAUGACAUGUUGGCGGGCUCCCUGACACAAGAGGACGAGGAUGCUGUGCUGGCAGAGCUGGAGGCCAUCACUCAGGGUGAGGAGGUGGAGCUCCCGGAGGUGCCCUCAGAGUCCCUGCCAGAGGUCCCAGAAGUUCCAGAGGAGGAGCCAGAGAGGGAGCGUGUGAGGAAGCAGCCGGAGAGAGAGAUGCUGGCAGCUUAGUAACACCUCCACAUCCCCACGGCAGCACUGUGCGCACUGACCUACCGCUGAUUCAGCCCGCCCCCUCACACUGUCCACCCGUCCGCCCCCCGGGCUGAUCUGGGAACAGCCGGAAACAGUCCCCUACGAACUUCACACCGGCUCCACAUACACACUUUGUAUUAACACGCAAACAUACACACACACACACGCACACACCUGCAGGCAUGUAGACAUGUACUCUCACA